AUCGAAUCGAAUUAGGGGCCUUCUCCCUCUUGUUCUGUAUCUCUUCACAGAUCAUCGAAGCAAAAAGAUGUUGAAAUUCUUGAAAGGAGUAGUAGCCGGAUCUGGAACUGGGCUCAAGGAUCUACCUUACGAUAUUGGAGAUCCUUACCCUUCUGCUUGGGGCUCUUGGUCUCACUUUCGCGGCACCUCCAAGGACGAUGGAUCACCGGUCUCUAUCUUUUCUCUUAACGGAAGUAAUCCUCAGGAUGGCCAUUUAGCUGCUGGUCGAAAUGGUGUCAAACGUCUUCGAACUGUGAGGCAUCCAAAUAUCUUGUCAUUUCUUCAUAGUACUGAGGUUGAAUCUUUUGAUGAUCCUAGUCCGAAAGUUACAAUCUAUAUUGUCACGGAGCCUGUUAUGCCAUUGUCAGAGAAGAUCAAGGAACUCGGUUUAGUAGGUAAACAAAGGGAUGAGUAUUAUGCUUGGGGGCUGCACGAAGUUGCUAAAGCUGUUAGCUUUUUAAAUAAUGAUUGCAAACUUGUUCAUGGCAAUGUUUGUAUGUCAAGUGUUGUUGUAACUCAGACGUUGGACUGGAAGUUACAUGUUGAUGUUCUAUCGGAAUUUGACAGGGCAAAUGCAACUGCUACAGGGCCAAUUCUGCAAUAUGAAUGGCUUGUUGGAUUACAAUACAAGCCAAUGGAGCUGGCAAACUCUGACUGGGCCACAAUCAGAAAAUCACCACCAUGGGCUAUUGAUUCUUGGGGUUUGGGAUGCCUUAUUUAUGAGAUUUUCUCUGGCACAAAGUUGGGAAAAACCGAGGAGCUGCGCAACACUGCUUCUAUUCCAAAGUCUCUGCUUCCAGAUUAUCAGCGGUUAUUGAGCUCCAUGCCUUCCCGCAGGUUGAAUACAUCAAAGCUUAUUGAAAAUAGUGAAUAUUUUCAAAACAAGUUGGUGCACACAAUACAUUUUAUGGAAAUUCUUAGUUUGAAAGACAGCGUUGAGAAGGAUACUUUCUUCCGUAAGCUUCCUAAUUUAGCAGAGCAGCUUCCGCGCCAAAUUGUGUUGAAGAAGUUACUUUCUUUGUUAGCCUCUUCCCUUGAAUUUGGUUCUGCUGCUGCCACUGCUUUGACUGCACUGUUGAAAAUGGGUUCUUGGCUUUCAGCUGAAGAAUUUAGUCUGAAGGUACUGCCUACAGUUGUGAAACUUUUUGCGUCUAAUGACCGAGCCGUUCGGGUUGCUCUCCUACAGCAUAUUGAUCAAUAUGGGGAAUCUUUAUUAGCUCAAGUUGUUGAUGAGCAAGUCUACCCCCAUGUUGCUACUGGAUUUGCAGACACAUCUGCAUUUCUCCGAGAAUUGACUCUUAAGUCCAUGCUUAUAUUGGCUCCUAAGCUUUCGCAGCGUACUUUGUCAGGCUCAUUAUUGAAAUAUCUUUCCAAGUUACAGGUUGAUGAAGAGCCUGCAAUUAGGACAAAUACCACAAUAUUGCUGGGAAACAUUGCAAGCUACCUAAACGAAGGGACACGGAAGAGAGUUUUGAUAAAUGCAUUUACGGUUCGUGCAUUGCGUGAUACUUUCUCUCCUGCUCGAGGAGCAGGAGUUAUGGCUUUAUGUGCCACCAGUUCUUAUUAUGACAUGACUGAGAUUGCUACUCGGAUUCUUCCGAAUAUUGUUGUACUCAUUAUUGAUCCUGACAGUGAUGUAAGGUCAAAGGCAUUUCAAGCAGUUGAUCAAUUUUUACAGAGAGUGAAGCAGUGUAACGAGAAGAGUAAUGCGGGAGAUACAGCUGAUGCUGGAAGUUUAGGGAUUUCAUCAAUGCCAGGAAAGCUGGUUUACUGGAUGGGCCUUGAGUUCCUUGACUCUUAA